GCGGCCUAUGAUUGGCCGGAGCUUUGGUGGGGGUUGGAGGGACGGCUGUGGCUGGUGCCAGUCUGAGGUUGGAGGUCUUGGUGGGAGGGUCUCCCUCAGAGCGAAGUUGGCAGCCUGAGGGAAGGGAGUAGGAGCAUUGAUCUGCCUCCCUUAUGGGCCAAGGCUGUUCUUGUUGACUUGGUAUCAAAGGUGUGCUUUCGUGGCCUCUCUCCUGCCUCUGCCCUCUGUGAUUCCUAGCCAUGGAAGUGUUGGAAAAUGGGGAGCAGAACCUGUUGCAUUGGGACCGGAAGCUGAGCGAGCUGUCAGAACCGGUGGACUCCGAUGGCCUGCUCUACAACACGCAUUUCACAGAGCUCCUUGAUGACUUUUCCCAGGAUGUUUUGGGGCAGCUCCUGAAUGACCCUUUCCUGUCUGACAAAGAUGAGAUGAUGGAAGUAGAGCUGUCUCCGGCUUCUCCUGCGCCCCUGAUUCAGGCUGAACACAGCUACUCUCUUUGUGGUGACUCGCGACCCCAGUCCCCACUUACCCACAUGUCAGCUGAUGACAAUUUCAAUGAAGCUGACUUGGACAAUGAAAACUGGUGCCUGGGUUCAGAACUUACAUCAACCACUGUAAAGACAGAACCAUCUGUGGGAGAAGCACCGGGCCUUGCACCCUCCAUCAGCCUCACCACCACCCCUAUUCCCACAGCCCUGGAAGGAGAUGAACCCCAGACACAGGAUAAUGGCAUGGCUAAAUCGCUGAGUCACAAAUCUCUUCCGGAGAUCAAAUUGGAGCCACACGAAGUGGAUCAGUUCCUCAACCUUUCUUCAAAGGAAGCAGUGGACACCCUGCACAUGCCCCCAACCCCUCCCAGCAGCCACGGCAGUGAUUCAGAAGGCAGCCAGAGCCCAGCCAGGUCCCUCCCACCAUCAAGUCCCACACAGUUGCAAGCCACUGUCAAAGUGACAUCACGCUCAGCUUCAGCGCUCACCAAUUCCCCUCUCUUAACAGCGCCACAUAAACUUCAGGGCACAGGUCCUCUGAUGUUGACAGAAGAAGAAAAGAGAACGUUGAUAGCAGAAGGGUAUCCUAUCCCUACAAAACUGCCCCUUACAAAAGCCGAAGAGAAAGCACUGAAGAAGAUCAGGAGGAAAAUCAAGAACAAGAUCUCUGCUCAAGAGAGCAGGAGGAAAAAGAAAGAAUAUAUGGACAGCCUGGAAAAAAAGGUUGAGACCUGCUCAAAUGAGAACAGUGAGCUUCGCAAGAAAGUUGAAGUGCUGGAGAACACAAACAGAACACUCCUGCAGCAACUGCAGAGACUCCAAGCCAUGGUGGCUGGCAAAGUGUCACGCUCAUGUAAAGCUGCAAGCACACAAACAGGGACCUGCAUCAUGGUGGUGGUAUUAUGCUUUGCCAUUACUUUUGGCAGCUUUUCUCAGAUUUAUGGUCCCAAUUCCUCAAUCACAAAGGCAGUCCUGCCAACCCAACAUUCCACACCAGAAACAUAUGCAGCCUCUAUAGUGAGGUCAAGAAGCCUACUAAUUUAUGAUGGGGCUUCCCCACUGGAGGAACAACACUUCUCUGAUCGCAGCAGUAACUGGGACAGGCACUUGGAGGCCUCCACACAUUCAGCCCUGUCUUUGGAAUCUCUGGCCAGAUCACAUCAUGACCAGGUCAUGGAGAUCAUGAUAGCCAAUGAGACAAGGCUAGAGAAGUCUGUGUUGGUGGAGCUACAGCAGCACAGAAUCAGCUCAGAGCUAGAAGCAAAUGAAACAUUAAAGAUCAUUGAAAUUGACAGAAGAGUGAAUGCUACAUCUUAAAAAGAAUUUUAAAAUUGGGGAAAUUAUCUUCUUUCCAACCAAAAGUCUGAGGAACUUUUCACUGUCAGUUGAUCCAAAGCACUUGUCUGAACCCUGCAAUAGGUUAUAAGGAAAUUGACUUUGGCCUGCAGUCCUUGUCCUUUUCUUCCCUGUCUCCAGGUUUUCCAACUUAUACUCUUCACUUUGCCUUUUCACUCCUACCGCCCAAGGGGAAUGAAUCUAAAGGCAGCAAGUGCCAAAAAGGUGUUUGCUGGUGAAGAUAGGAUGGGAAUUGGUAUGUCUUCUACAUGAAAUACAGAAUGGAUAACCAAGCGGUCUUUGCAUCCCUGUAAAAAUUGUAGAUGUCUUGUCUCUAUUUUCUUACAGUGUAAUAAAAUCUAUAAAAUCUCCUGUUCAGAAUGUAACCAGGAGCUGCAUCAUAUGAUUGGGCUAAGGGUAACAUAUAUCCAGUACCCUACAUAAUCAAGGGUUUUUUUAAAAACAGGGAACUGUAACAAUGAGUUGACAAACAUCUAAAAUGCUUCAAGAGUAUUUUUCUUAACUACUUAGGUUCCAAUUUGGUGGAGCAAAAUCAUAACCCCAGGAAUGGCAGUGAAACCAGAUUGUAUAUUUGUGAAAUUUUAGGAUGGAUAUCCACUACCCUGUAUCUCAGGAUCUGAUCCCAUAUUAUCUGCUUUGAACUGGAUUAUAUGAGUCUAUACUGCCAAAUAAUCUAGGAUAAAGAGAAAAUCUGAGAUACGAUCCUAGGGUAUAGGACAGUGUAGAUCCAGCUUUAGUGGUGAAUGGGGACCCAAUAAAGUCCUGAGUGAUCAAAAUGGCAUUUUGGGCUGGGUGGGUUAAUUAAUUAACUAUAAGAAUUCAAUAGUAUGAGAACAUCAGGAAUCAGUAGUUUUUUUAAUCUCGCUAAAACUAACAAUUAUUUUCACCUCAUGGAGACAUCUCCCUGUAAGGACUGGAAAAAUUCAUAUUUGCCUUGUUAUUAUAUUUUAGUUGUAAUAGUGUAGGAGAGGGAUAUAAGAAACCCAAAUGAUUUUGCUAAAUCUUUGAUAUGUAUGAUGGUAUAACUUGAGUGUAUCCUUCAAACAGCAGUACAUUUUAUGAGCUGGACCCAGAACACACUGUUCAAACCUUUCCUCUUGAGUAGGGCAGGACACACAUUAAUAACUAGGAGUCUGAAUUACUGCAGAUCAGCUUUUUUUAAACCAUGAAAGCUAUGAAUAGACUGAAGGAGGGAAAAUUCAUGCCUUUCAUUUGGUCCUUUGGCUACAGAUGGGGACUAUGAUAAGACGAAGUAGUGAAGCAUCUACACAGUCAGGCUAGAUAUGGGGAGACCUAAGAUCAGAUCUCCAUUUGGUCAUGAAGCUCAUUGCCUUCUGAGAAAUCUUGGACUUGUUACCAUCUCCAAGUCUCAUCUGCUUCACAGAGCUGUUCUGAAGCUAAUAUAAAUAGAGGAACCACUUUGAACUCCUUGUACAAAAUGUGGGAUGCAUAUGAGAAAAAUGAAUACUCUGUUCAGCGUUGGCUAAAGUUGUUCUCUUUGAGACAGGGCUGGAUGUGCUAGGCUGAGUUCUCAGACCUAAUUUCAGAUUAGGAAAGUAACACAGGAAUAUGAAACCAAUAUUACCGAACAUGGUCUCCUGACUCUGCCUUUUCCCCUUCCUUUACAUGUUCUCUUCUUUUUUACUACUGUAAGACUGACAUACUUCCCUGAUUUUCCUAAAAGGUGAACAAGCUCAGUUUCUCUCUGACUGUGCUUGGUCCACAUAAGAGAUGGGGACACUAGAAUCAAACUGUUUGUAAUCCAGAGUUCCAUUUUUGCAGGUCUAUCAUAUAGUCAGGAUUUCUGGUUGCUCAGAUUUCCCCACCCUCCCUGCUCCUUUCUGUUGUAAAUAGUAUUUAUUCAUUCUUAUUGUUUUUGUAACUUCAGCUGGCAGCUGGAAUGACCAGCCAAAGUGGUAAAAUCCUUAAUAAAUCCUCUUGGUGAUCUUUGAGAUACCUUUAGUGUUAGGGUCCUGGUAUUCAUUUUUAUAGUAUUCAACAUAAUCAUCCCCCCAAACUUUUUCCAGUCCCGUAUUUUCCUCCUUUUUUGCAUUGUACAUGCAUUUCAAGCAGAUAUUGCAGUGAAAGCCAGUAAAGGUUUCAUCCUCCUAUUUUAUUUGGCAGUUUCCAAUGUAACCUGAAAUGAGCACAGCUUCCACAUUGGUUGCCUGAGGCCAAUUUUACGAUCAGAAAAUAAGUAGAUGUCUGUUCCAGUUCUCAAAUAGGAGGCAGUGGAGAUCGUUGCUACAGUUUUUUCUAGACCCGUCAUCCUAAUCUUCACACUCUUCCUAGGGACACUGAAGGAACAAGCUCAUCUUUUUUUUAAAAAAAAAGGUAAGAAGACAGACCUUUAAAUCCUAAGUAUAAUUCCUGCCAGGGGGCUCUGAUAAAGUUUCAGCAGUCUGCUUAGCUGUUUCUAAAUUAUGCCUUCAGUUGCCUUUUGAUGGGUCAUCUAGGGAAUGGGCUGUAUACAUAGAUAUCAUCCUUAGACCAACCAUGCUAAUUAAAUAACACUGUCUGUUAUUGAUUCUACAUGUCUGUAAGAAGUUGGGAAAGCUGGUGGGUGGGUUAUGCAAGGAGAAGGCGUUAUUUUUAAACUAUUUGUUUAUGGAAAUCACGCAUGAGGUCAGUUAUGCUUCUUAAUAGUAAUUCUAGGCCACAAAUGAGAAACUAAAGUAUGUAGAUAGCAGAUUUCCUUUGCCAUGUAAAUACUUCAGUUCUAUUGCUACCUUUUCCGGGGCGUUUUCUGUAAAACAAUUCAAAUGUGUUUUAAGUACCCUGAGCUUCCUAGACAAAUUUUAGCUGACAUAAAAGGAUGACUUCCCCAUUUCACAUCAUGCCGAAGGUCUGGCUUUUUUCUUUGCCUAUAUUUAGAAUUGUUGUCCAUUUUUUGUAUUGUAAAUUGAGAGCCAAUGUCAAAUGUUUUAGAAAGCCCAAUACACUAUUUUUGGAAUAGAUCAGUAUAUAGAGUUUCUUUUGUUUCAUUUUGUUUAAACCUUCAAUUUUAUGAGUCUAGACACAAUUUGGAUGUCAGUCGAAUGAGUAACAUUAAUGGCUACAUAGGACAAGAUUUCCACAAAGAACACAAGAUCUUUAAUGUCAAUAGUCCAUUGUGUAACUUCCCACACCAUCACCACACAUAAAGAGCACAAGGUGUAUAUUGAGAUAUUUCCCCCAACUCAGUGAUAAUUCUCCUGUAAUUAAUACAUCACAAUAACUGAAACGGCAAAGCAUACCUCUGUAUUUUAGAUAUUUGCAUAAAAUAUAUAAUAUUUUGGCAUAUAUAUAUAGUGUAGUAUACAUUUUAGUUGGCAUAUUAAUAUUUUAUGCCAGAUAAGAAAAAUCGGAUAGAUAUUUCUAACUUAGAAAGAAGUUGAUUGAUUUUUCCCCGCCUAAGGAACUCUUACCCUAUUUCUUCCACAAAGGGAAAAUACAUAAAUAAAGGGAAGUUGUGAAAAAACUUUCUGAUCCGCUUUAUUUUCUUACUUAUAUAAUAAGGAAAGGUAAUCUAACCUAUUGUUUCUCUCUAAUUAUUUUGAAAACACAUUACUUUAAGAGCCCAUUUAUAUAAAAAUAAUUGUGAAACCCAAAAUAAUUGGUAGUACGUCAGGAAUGAAUUUGUUAUGUCAUGUAGAAGUGGAAGACUGAUAAAAAAACUGAGGUCAGAUGGAAAAUAUGCAGUUUUGCUUAAUUAUUGAUUUACUGCUUUUAAAUGUUUAUAAAAUAAGUGCAGUACUAUGAGUCACUGUUAUGAGAAACUACUUACAGCCCAAUUAAAAACAAUUUUUGAGAUGUGUAAUUUUUCUUUGAAAUUUGUCAAUUCUUUUUCCACAAUUAAAUGUACAGAAUUUUCCAGAAGUAUGGGGGGUGCCUGGUGCAGUGUUUUCAGUUAGCUGGCUCAAAAUAUUCAAAUCAACUAUUUAAAGCUAUUUAGAUCGAUCUCAUCCCAGUUCUGCUUUGGCUUCUUCUGUCUUUUGAGAAUGCAGAGUGAGGGCAGGAAUGGAUGAGUUGAUAUCCACACUAUACAUAAAAUGUUCUAUACCAGGCAUUUAUCAUAUGCGGCAGGCAAAUUGUGAUUACAGCAGUACAAUAGCAUCAUUGACUGGAAUACUAUUGCAAGGCUUUUUUUUAACAAAAGGAGGUAUUUAACAGACUUGUGUUUGUAACAGAAACACUUUCCAGGCUGUGUCGCACUGGGAGAGCCAGGAAAGGAGCAAUGUCAUGCGAUUAAUCCCAUUGUUCUGCUGUAAUUGUUAUUUGCCUGCUACAUGUGAUAAACUCCUAAGAAUGGGAAGAGCUGUGCCAGGAUGUUAGAUAAUGGCCUCCAUUUGACUUGGCAAGUUGUAAGUUUUCAAAAUGUUAGCCAUGGAGAACACAGUGUAAAAACCCCUUUGCUAAAGCAGAUUAAGUUUUCUUUUAUAAAACUAGGUCAAGUAGAUCUUUUUCUUCACACUUCAUACAUAUCUUCUCCACUUCCUCUGCAAUUAUUACAUGCAGGACUAUUGAUGGCUUUCCCACUUCUCAUGGUUCUGUGUAUUUUAAUAGGAAGGAAUAGGGACAAAACAUAGGGAUUAGUCAUGGUUAUCCAUGUCUCUCUUUAACAAACAUUUUUUUAUUCAGAGACAUCAUCUGUGAUGUUGUAUUUCCAGGACUGUCUGAUCAUAACAUGCAUUGCAAAUCUGAAGUUACAAUAUUGAAAUAAUUAACACCUCUAGCUUAAUUUAGUUUGGUUCACUUGAUGGUAUAUAUUAAUUUGUAACAAUAGCUGUGAUGAAAGUUUUUGUCUCUUUCUAUAUGUAGAUAUUUGUGCUACUUACUUGAGUUGAAUCCCCAUUGAUUUUGGUAACCUGUUUUCACCAGCUUCUCUGUUAAGUCAGACUUGGGAUGUUCUGGGAUGAUUUGCUAAAUCAGCACAAGGAGGAGAUGGCAGAAGAGCAACAUCUUGCUGUUCUCAGUAGGCUCAGGCAAAAGCAAACUGCAGCAAUUUCCCAUGGCUUCACCUAGUUUUUCCUAAUUUAGCGCUUGCCAUUUUUACUGCCUUCUAAACAUCAUUUUUAUUAUGUGCUGAAAAUCAAGAGGCCUGAUCCCUAGAGGUUGUUCUACUGAAUGGAAAACAAUGUGCAUCAUUGUUUUUCAUAGACGGCAUAUUUCUAUUUUAUGUUUGGCUUCCUGAUGUUACUAAACCAAGCAUUGGGAUCUGUAAAAAUCAUCAAAUCAUAAGAUAUUUCUCUGAGACGGAGAGAGCUCUACAGUAUCUAAGUCUCAAACUAAAAAGGUUGAACACAACUUAGCAUUGAUUCCCAUAGGGAGGUAGGAUGAAAUUUCCCCCUGAAUGUAAAGGUGCGGGCUCUAGACAUCUCUAAACUGAAAUCCAUGGUUCAUAAAAUGAAGUUUCAUUGACCAUGGACGAUGAUCUUGAAGGAGCCACUUCCUCCACCAAAGAUAACUCCUACCUCACUUUGCACCAUAAUAUGGAGUACAUCCAUCUUGACUACAUGGUAACUGAAACAUGAAUGCUAUAGUACCUUGCUGAAUCAAAGAAUGAUUGCCUUGACUGUCAGGAUCAGUUGCAUUCAGUGUACGUAGAGGUAAUAGAGCUGUGAUGUAUUGCAUGCCUAAAGGCAGUAGCAUCUAAAUGAAAUGCUUAAGUCCCCCUAAAAUAAAGGUUAUAAUUUUACAUGUCGUCUGCACUUGAUCCUAUUCAUGUUAUCAACAAUAAGGCAAUUGUGAACUGGAUGUAGGAUUGCAACAAACCAUCAGAUGUGUCAAAACUGAGACACCUGGCCAUUUAAAUUGACAUCUAUUUACCCAAAGUUUCACGUUAUUCUUUCUGUUAUACGUAUAUUGAAAAGCAUUUGAGGUGUUUUGCAUUUAAAUGAAAUUGGCCCUGUAAAACAUGGCAAGUGCUUAGCAAAGUUCAUGAGAAGAAAUCAGAAAAAAUGUUAAAUUAUUAGAUUGUCCUUUUUGAAUUAAAUUGUUCAGGUUCUUCACUGCAUUCUUUUAACUUUGUACAGCUUUUUUGUAUUUGUACUUUUUCUAUAUAUGCACUGCUUUUCUAAGAGUGUCCUCAUAAUGAUCACACAUAUUGCAAACUUAAGGGGUAAGGAAGAUUUUUUUAAUGUAAGGAACCUUUUAUUAAACAGACAUGUCUAAAACCAAAUAGCAAACUCUAAGUGCUUUUUUGUAUGUAGCUGAGUAAAGUGAGUGUAUGUAAUGCUUUAUCUGUUUCUUUGCAAAUAAAUAUUUUCCUAAAGAAAAAUAAA